AUGCAGAGGUGUCCAGGAUGGGGUGUGGUCACUUAUCUCUGCUUGCUCUUGUCUUCACAGGCCUUCCUGCAGCGCAUCAGGCAGAAUGUGGCCGACUCCGUGGAGAAGGGCCUCACAGAGGAGAAUGUCAAGAUCCUUUUCUCCAACAUCGAGGACAUCUUGGAGGUCCAUAAGGACUUUUUGGCUGCCCUGGAGUACUGCUUACAGCCUGAGCCUCAGUCUCAGCAUGAACUUGGAAAUGUUUUCUUGAAAUUUAAGGACAAGUUCUGUGUGUACGAGGAGUACUGUAGCAACCACGAGAAGGCCCUGCGGCUGUUGGUGGAGCUCAACAAGGUCCCCGCUGUGCGCGCCUUCCUCCUGAGCUGCAUGCUGCUGGGAGGCCGGAAGACCACGGACAUCCCUCUGGAGGGUUACCUGCUGUCCCCCAUCCAGAGAAUCUGCAAGUACCCACUCCUGCUCAAGGAGCUGGCGAAAAGGACCCCUGGCAAGCACCCUGACCACCCCGCGGUGCAGAGUGCCCUGCAGGCCAUGAAGACGGUUUGCUCCAACAUCAAUGAGACCAAGAGGCAGAUGGAGAAGCUGGAGGCACUGGAGCAGCUGCAGUCUCACAUAGAGGGCUGGGAGGGCUCUAACCUCACAGACAUCUGCACCCAGCUCCUCCUUCAGGGCACUCUGCUGAAGAUCUCUGCAGGCAACAUCCAGGAGAGAGCCUUCUUCCUCUUUGACAACCUGCUUGUCUACUGUAAGCGGAAAUCCAGGGUCACUGGCAGCAAGAAAUCUACCAAGAGGACCAAGUCCAUCAAUGGCUCCCUGUACAUCUUCAGGGGUCGGAUCAACACUGAAGUCAUGGAAGUGGAGAAUGUGGAGGAUGGGACAGCUGAUUACCACAGCAAUGGCUACACUGUCACCAAUGGCUGGAAAAUCCACAACACGGCCAAGAACAAGUGGUUUGUGUGUAUGGCCAAGACUGCGGAGGAGAAGCAGAAGUGGUUGGAUGCCCUGAUCCGAGAGCGGGAACAGCGAGAGAGCCUGAAGCUGGGCAUGGAGCGUGAUGCGUACGUCAUGAUCGCGGAGAAGGGGGAGAAGCUGUACCACUUGAUGAUGAGCAAGAAGGUGAACUUGAUCAAAGACCGCCGACGGAAGCUGAGCACUGUGCCCAAGUGCUUCCUUGGCAACGAGUUUGUCGCCUGGCUCCUGGAAAUUGGCGAGAUCAGCAAAACAGAAGAAGGAAUCAACUUGGGCCAAGCCCUGCUGGAGAAUGGUAUCAUUCACCAUGUCUCUGACAAGCACCAGUUCAAGAACGAGCAGGUGAUGUAUCGCUUCCGCUACGAUGAUGGCACCUACAAGGCUCGCAGCGAGCUGGAGGACAUCAUGUCCAAGGGCGUGAGACUCUACUGCCGUCUGCAUAGCCUCUACACCCCCGUGAUCAAGGACCGUGAUUACCACCUGAAGACUUACAAGUCCGUGGUCCCCGGGAGCAAGCUGGUGGACUGGCUGUUGGCGCAAGGGGACUGCCAGACACGGGAGGAGGCAGUGGCGCUUGGCGUGGGUCUGUGCAACAACGGUUUCAUGCACCAUGUUCUCGAGAAGAGUGAAUUCAAGGAUGAGUCCCAAUACUUCCGCUUCCACGCUGACGAGGAGAUGGAGGGGACCAGCAGCAAGAACAAACAGCUUCGUAAUGACUUCAAGCUGGUGGAGAACAUCCUGGCCAAGCGGUUACUGAUCCCGCCGCAGGAGGACGACUACGGCUUCGAUCUCGAGGAGAAGAACAAGGCUGUGGUGGUGAAGUCUGUGCAGAGGGGCUCACUGGCAGAGAUGGCUGGCCUGCAGGUGGGGAGGAAGAUCUACUCCAUCAAUGAGGACUUGGUGUUCCUGCGGCCCUUCUCUGAGGUGGAGACGAUCCUUAACCAGUCUUUCUGUUCCCGCCGCCCGCUACGCCUCCUGGUAGCCACCAAGGCCAAAGAGACCAUCAAAGUCCCUGACCACCCAGAGGCCCUGUCCUUCCAGAUCCGAGGAGCAGCCCCGCCAUAUGUCUUUGCUGUGGGCAGAGGCUCCGAGGCUGUGGCUGCUGGGCUCUGUGCAGGCCAGUGUAUCCUGAAGGUCAGUGGCAACAACGUGGCCAAUGAUGGCGCCCUCGAGGUCCUGGAGCACUUCCAAGCUUUUCGCAACCGCCGGGAGGAGGCCCUGGGUCUGUACCAGUGGGUCUACCAUAGCCAUGAGGAUGCUCAGCAGGCGCGGGCCAGUCAGGGUGAUGAAGACACCCAGGAAGAGGACCAGCCUGACUCAGCCCUGCCCCUGCUGUCCCUGGGUCCCCAGCUGAGCCUGCGUGAGGACAGCGCCGUGGUCAGCCUGACGGUGGACAAUGUGCACUUGGAGCACGGUGUGGUCUACGAGUAUGUGAGCACAGCCGGAGCCAAAUGCCACGUGCUGGAGAAGAUCGUGGAGCCCCGCGGCUGCUUCCGCCUGGCCGCCAAGAUCCUUGAGGCCUUUGCUGCCGACGACAGUGUCUUCGUGCAGAACUGUGGGCGGCUCAUGGCCAUGAGUAGCGCCAUUAUCACCAUGUCCCACUACGAGUUCCACAACAUCUGUGACACCAAGCUGGGCAGCAUCAGCCAGAGGAUCAACUGCUACCAGGAGUUUGCAGUCCAGCUGAAGAGCAGGGUCAGCCCCCCCUUCAAGCAGGCACCCCUGGAGCCCCACCCGCUGUGUGGCCUGGACUUCUGCCCCACCAACUGUCACGUCAACCUCAUGGAAGUGUCCUACCCUAAGACCACCCCUUCGGUGGGCAGGUCCUUCAGCAUCCGCUUCGGACGCAAACCCUCCCUCAUCGGCCUUGACCCAGAACAAGGCCACCUGAACCCCAUGGCCUACACACAGCACUGUAUUACCACCAUGGCUGCCCCCGCCUGGAAAUGCACAUCUGCAGUAGAUGGGGACUCCCAAGGCCAGGGUCUCGAUGACAGCAGCUUCGGGUCAGCCAGUAGUGGUUCCAACCAGCAAGACCGGGGCCUGAGCUUUCUGCUCAAACAGGAAGACCGCGAGAUCCAGGAUGCGUACCUGCAGCUGUUCACCAAGCUGGACGUGGCUCUCAAGGAGAUGAAGCAGUAUGUCACCCAGAUCAAUAGGCUACUGUCUACCAUCACAGAGCCGACCUCGGCUGUACUCUGUGACCCACCCUCGGCGGAGGAGACCUCAUCUUCCCCGCUGGUCAGCGAGGAGAGUGAAGUGGACAGGACUGACCAUGGAGGCAUCAAGAAGGUGUGCUUCAAGGUCUCAGAGGACGAGCAGGAAGACUCGGGCCACGACACCAUGAGCUACCGUGACUCCUACAGUGAAUGUAACAGCAAUCGUGACUCUGUCCUGUCCUACACCAGUGUGAGAAGCAACAGUUCCUACCUGGGCAGUGAUGAAAUGGGCUCAGGGGAUGAGUUGCCCUGUGACAUGCGCAUCCCAUCCGACAAGCAGGACAAACUUCACGGCUGCCUGGAGCAUCUCUUUAACCAGGUGGAUUCCAUCCAUGCUCUGCUCAAGGGUCCUGUGAUGAACAGGGCAUUUGAAGAGACCAAGCAUUUCCCCAUGGAGCACAGCUGGCAAGAGUUCAAGCAAAAAGAAGAGUGCACGGUCCGUGGACGAAACUUGAUCCAGAUCAGCAUCCAGGAGGACCCUUGGAACCUGCCCAGCUCCAUCAGGACCCUGGUGGACAACAUCCAGCGAUAUGUGGAAGAUGGAAAGAACCAGCUGCUCCUGGCUCUGCUGAAGUGCACAGACACGGAGCUGCAGCUACGCCGGGACGCUGUCUUCUGUCAGGCCCUGGUGGCCGCGGUGUGCACCUUCUCAGAGCAACUGCUGGCCGCCCUUGACUACCGCUACAACAAUAACGGCGAGUAUGAGGAGAGUAGCCGUGAUGCCAGCCGCAAGUGGCUGGAGCAGGUGGCGGCCACGGGCGUCCUGCUGCAUUGGCAGUCUCUUCUGACACCAGCCACCGUGAAGGAGGAACGAACCAUGCUUGAGGACAUCUGGGUGACCCUGUCGGAGCUGGACAAUGUCACCUUCUCCUUUAAGCAGCUGGAUGAGACUUCUGUCGCCAACACCAACGUCUUCUACCACAUUGAGGGCAGCAGGCAGGCACUGAAGGUCGUCUUCUACCUGGACGGCUUCCACUUCUCCAGGCUGCCCUCCCGCCUGGAGGGUGGGGCUAGCCUCAGGCUGCACACUGUACUCUUCACAAAAGCUCUGGAGAAUAUGGAGGGCCCACUGCCCCCAGGCAGUCAGGCUGUGGAAGACCUGCAGCAGGAGAUCAAUGCCCAGUCGCUGGAGAAGGUGCAGCAGUAUUACAGAAAGCUCAGGGCAUUCUACCUGGAACGGUCCAACCUUCCUACGGAUGCUGGCACCACGGCUGUGAAGAUCGACCAGCUGAUCCGUCCUAUCAAUGCCCUGGAUGAGCUCUAUCGUCUCAUGAAGUCCUUCGUGCACCCCAAAGCUGGUGCUGCUGGGAGCCUGGGUGCCGGUCUCAUCCCCAUCUCCUCUGAGCUCUGUUACCGCCUAGGGGCAUGCCAGAUCACCAUGUGCGGCACCGGCAUGCAGCGGAGCACCCUGAGUGUGUCCCUGGAACAGGCAGCCAUCCUGGCACGAAGUCACGGGCUGCUGCCCAAGUGUGUCAUGCAGGCCACAGACAUCAUGCGCAAGCAGGGUCCCCGAGUGGAGAUUUUGGCCAAAAACCUUCGAAUCAAGGACCCCAUGCCCCAAGGUGCACCACGCCUCUACCGCCUCUGCCAGCCUCCAGUGGAUGGAGACCUCUGAACACCGACAUGCCCCCUGCUAGACCACUGCCUCUGCAGCUGCGAUGUGGGAGGACACGGAGGGACCACAAGGUGUCCUGAGGCUUCUGCAACAGCUGUGUCGAGAUCUACCCAGCGGACCUUGCUGUCACCGUCCAGGACAAGUCUCUCCAGACUGGCUGAUCACCCCUGGGCUGGCAGAUUCUCUAUACUUCUGCCUAAGGCCUGAGGGCUGCUAGGGCCCCCAGAGCUCAUGAAUGUAGCUGGGGCCUGGAUGCCUGCUCUCACCCAAGUCCUCUACACAAGGAAAAGUCAUAGGGUCCGGUAGCUGGAGGCCUGCAGACCCAGCUCCUCAGAUGGCAAAGCUGCACUUUGAGCCCGGGAUUCCUCCCGGGUCCACAUUCCUGGAGACCGUGCCUGUUUCCUGUCCUGGCUGAAGCUUCCGCAUAUGCCCCCGGCCCCUUACUAACCAGCUCAGCAAACUCGGGACAGCCAGGCCUCUACCAGGAGAGGACACUGGGCUGAGCAGCCAUCACCUCGUGGACACUUGAGAGCCUUGCUGGCUUUCAACAUGACCCACCGCCAUCGGAAUUUGAGCUGCCAGCUCUGGGCACCAGAUUGGCUCUGAUGUUAAUUUAUAUGGCGCAACAUCUCUGUGGUUGAUAUUUUGUAUUUCUUUCUUAUUGUUAUUGUUAGUGUUGCCAAAAGUUUCUCUUUCCUAAGUUUUCUCAUUAUGUCUUUGACACUUUAAAUUUCAGAGAAAAGUAUAUUGCCUAAUGGGACCAACAUAAAGUAGUAUCAGCAACUUUAUUCAGUUCUACUAAAAAAAAAAAACAAAAAACAAAAAGCAGAAGGAACUAAAUUAUUGGAAAAGUUUAAGAGGUCAUUAUUUCCAUUUUAAAACCUUAAGGUUGUGAGGUGUGGUUCACAGGGUCUGCUGCCUCUCCCCCUGCCUCCGUACCCCAGCAUCUGGCCCAUUGGACUCUGUUGUUGAAUGACUGGAUCAGGGUUGAGAGGUGGCCAGACCUGGUUGUGGCUUAGGGCUGGACUGUGUGUCAUUUGUUUUCAUGUUGCUGUCUCAGAGCAGGGCAUUAUGGGACUUCUUGGAGAAUAAGAGUUAGGAACCUAUUGUCUACCUUCUGGGUAGGGGGCUCCACCUGACCACCCCUUGGCUCUUUGUCUGCUCUCCGACUUCUAAACAUCCAGAGGGAUAUUGGUAGCAUGGCGGAGGGCGUCGGGGAUCCUGUCACCCCUGCCUGGCUGUAAGGCUGGGUUGGGGGAGUAUGGUCUCCUCGGUUCCCAGGGGCCACCUUUCUCUUGCUAUGAGGUCAACUUUUGUUGAUAUGUUUUGUUUGUCCAGAGAUUCGGGGCCCCGUGUUACCCCUGUUGAGGGGACAGGGACGGGUUCCCAGGGCCGGGGCAUCAAGCCUGGCUUAUCUUAAAUGUACAGAUUCUAUUCGUUAAAUUCAUGAUAGAUUUUUUUAUUAUUAUUAAAAGUCAGUAUAUAAUACAAA